UCUCCCCUCCUCCCUCCCCACCCUCUACUACCCAGCCCAACUUGCUGCGCUACUAAACCCCCCCCCCCCCGCUUCCUCCGGCUGCUACCGCCGCACGGGAACCUGCCGAGGGAGGCAGCGUCCUGGUUGCCCCCCGUUGUCAUCUCGUUGCGAGCACCGCGCGUGUAACCAGCGCAAUUCCCUCUCCCUUGCCUCCCUCGUCUCGUCUUCUCCGCCUUGUGUGUGUGCGCGUAUCGCCAUCGUUUCCCCGUGCCGCUCUCGAACAUCGAUCAGCUCAAGAGAAGUUUCAGCCACCGACGCUCGCGGAGGAGCCACGCGGAGCCGCCCGUCUCUCUCUGUCUCUGUCUGUCUCUCUCUGUCUGUCUCUCUCUGUCACUCUCUCUGUCUCUCUGUCUGUCUCUCUCUCUGUCUGUCUCUCUCUCUGUCUCUCUGUCUCUCUGUCUGUCUCUCUCUGUCUGUCUCUCUGUCUGUCUCUCUGUCUGUCUCUCUGUCUGUCUCUCUGUCUCCUCUCUCCACCGUCUCACGAGGAUGGAGUCGCGCCGCUCCACCGGCGUUGGCGCGUCGCUCCGGCUGUUCGCGCUGCUCGCGAUGUGCGAAGCAGCGCUGGUGGACUGCAUUCUUCUGAGCGUCACAUCUCCAGAACUUGUGAUCGACGUCAACAAAUCCCUCAACCUCACGUGCAGCGGGAGCGACCCCGUGAGCUGGGCCUCUCCGCGCAACGAGAGCUUCGUGGCAGCGCCGUGCCCCCACCGGGGUCGCCAGGGGUUCUGCGCAACCCUGCACGUGCCCCAGGCCGCCGUCGAGGACACGGGCCGCUACCGCUGCUUCUACAGCAAGUACGCGCCCUACAUCGAAGGGCUGGAAGGCUGGGACCACUCCGUUUCGGUGUACGUCUUCGUGAGAGACUACAGUCGGCCCUUCCUGCAAAUGAGUCGCGAUGGAUUGGACGUCGUGUACCUGUUCAAGGGCAGCCCGUACGUCGUACCCUGCCGAGUGUCCGCUCCUGACGUGAACGUCACGUUCGUAUCGUACAUACCCUCCAAGCGGUACCAGCCAAAUAACAAGGACCUGCUGUGGGACCCGAAAGUAGGCUUUACCGUGAUGCCGGGCCUCAUCACGGAGCUGCCAACCCAAUAUUUCUGUGAGGUCAGCAUCCAGGGCAAGACCUACCACUCUUACCGGUUCUUCCCGCAAAUCUUGGUGAAAGACGGCAUCCUCAAUAUCGGGCCCAACACCACGACCGAGUUGAUGGUCGGCGAGACGCUCUUACUCAACUGCUCCAUCACCACCAAGUUCAACGUGGCACUGAGGAUGAAAUGGCUUCAUGUGGAUCGACCGGAUCACUCACUCGAAGAGAACUGCAAAUUCUUCCCAGACAUCGUGAAUAAUAAAUGGAAACAAUUCACAAAACAAUUGGAGCUCAGGAACGUGACUGUGAGCGACGCGGGCAACUACCUCUGCUCCGUGAGCUACAUGCAAGAGCACUGCUCCUCCUUGUCACACGUCGUCAUAUACGAGCGGCCAUUCAUCUCGGCGGCACCUUACGAUGGGCCCCUGGCGGAGGUUGAAGUGGGGAAGAAAGAGGUCUCGCUGCGGGCGAGAAUCAGCGCCUACCCCCUGCCCAAGUUCAGCUGGUUCAAGGACGGCGUUCCCAUCGUGCGAGGCCAUCCGCGCUACCGCAUACUCAAGUAUGAGAAGCGGCAGUUCGAGCGGCUCCUCGUGCUCAUAGUGCAGGAGGUGACGGUUGCGGACGCGGGCAACUACACUCUACAGCUCGAGAUCCGGCAACACAACCUGCUCAAGAGGGUCUCCUUCACGCUCGUCGUAAACGUGCCGUCGGAAAUCCACGACAAGUUCGUGGCCGCAGAGAGUGACGUGACGUUCCCGCUCAACAGCCAGCAGAGUGUGGUGUGCACGGCGUAUGGGCUUCCACCACCUGCCAUCCACUGGUACUGGCAGCCCUGCGAUGACAACGCCAGGAGGUGCUAUCCCCGUAAGCAGAACUGGGUGGUUCUGCCCUCGCAUUUCCACGUCAUCAACGGCCCCAACAGAGUGACCAUCAACACUCGCAUGAAGGUCUUCAACGACAAGAACAAGACGGUGAGCUCGCUGCUGAUUGGACAAGCCAACAUGUCGGGCCACUACCGCUGCGAGGCCACGAAUGACCUCAAGGCUGACCAGUGGACCGUCCCGUUCUUCGUCACAGACGUGCCAGGCGGCCUGGAAGCCCGCCUCUCCGCCGAUAGCUCCGCCAUCGAGGGCGACAACCUGACCCUGGAGUGUCGCGCCAACAAGUUCCUCUACAGCAACGUCGGCUGGCUCUGCCCGAGCGUCGGCUCGCCAGCGCCGGCCCCUUCCUUCUUCCCGCCACUCGACGGCUCCGGCUGGAACCUGCCGGCCACGGCCCCGGUGGGCGCGGCGGAGAGCGCGGGCUGCGCGUACGCUCUCCCCGCGGAGGCGACGGACGGGACGUACAGCACGCUGGUGCGUCUCUCCAUCCCCGGGGCCCUGCGGGCGCACGCCGGGAACUACGCGUGCUUGGCGCAGAGCCGUUCGGGCCGCUGGCAGCGCCGCAACCUCACCGUCGAGCUGCAAGCCCAGGAGCCGGUGCACCUGCGCAACCUAUCGGCCAUGGCGCUGAACGUGAGCGACUCGCUGCGUCUCGAGUGCAGCGCGUCCGGCCGGCCGCGUCCCACCAUCAGCUGGUUCAAGGACGGCCGCCCCCUGACGCCGGGCGCCGCGGUGAGGCUGAGCGAGUCGGGGAGCGUGCUCAGCAUCGACCGCGUGAAGGAGGAGGACUCGGGGGAGUACGUGUGCUACGCCUCCAACCGCCUUGGAGACAAAUCCACCUCCACCAUCGUCAGCGUGCACGGUUUGUCGGACCAGUCGAACAUGACCAUAAUCCUGCUGUGCACCGGCGUGAUCGGCAUCCUGCUGUGGCUGCUGCUGAUCCUCUUCAUCCGCAGGGUCAGGCAGCCCAGCAGUGCGGACAUCAAGACGGGCUACCUCUCCAUCAUCAUGGACCCCGGCGAGGUGCCGCUCGACGAGCAGUGCCAGCGGCUUCCCUACGACGCCAGCAAGUGGGAGUUCCCGCGCGACCGGCUCAAGCUGGGGAAGACGCUGGGCCGUGGCGCUUUCGGGAGGGUGAUGGAAGCGGCCGCGUUCGGGAUCGACAAAUCGUCCACCUGCCGCACCGUGGCGGUCAAGAUGCUCAAAGAGGGGGCGACCACCAGUGAAUACCAUGCCCUCAUGUCAGAGCUGAAGAUCCUCAUCCACAUCGGCAACCACCUCAAUGUGGUGAACCUGCUGGGCGCGUGCACGAAACCCGGAGGGCCACUCAUGGUGGUGGUGGAAUAUUGCAAGUACGGAAACCUGUCCAACUACCUCCGCAACAAGAGACAGGACUUCGUGACCGACAAGGAGAGGCUGGGCAAGACGCACGGGGACCGGGCGAACACGCGCGAGAACGGGGACGAGAAGACGCGUCGCCUCGACAGCGUGGCGAGCUCGCGGAGCUCCAACAGCUCCGGCUUCGCCGAGGACAAGACGCUGAGGGAAUGCGAGGCCGACGAAGAGCUCGACGAGACCUGCAAGCGACCGCUGAACAUGAAGGACCUCAUCUGCUACAGCUUCCAGGUCGCUCGCGGGAUGGAGUUCCUGUCUUCCCGCAAGUGCAUCCAUCGGGACCUGGCAGCGCGCAACAUCCUCCUGAGCGACAACAACGUGGUGAAGAUCUGCGACUUUGGCCUCGCUCGCGACAUUUACAAGGACCCGGACUACGUGCGCAAGGGAGACGCUCGUCUGCCGCUCAAGUGGAUGGCCCCAGAGUCGAUUUUUGACAAGUUGUACACCACGCAGAGCGACGUGUGGUCCUUCGGAGUGCUUCUCUGGGAAAUCUUUUCCCUGGGCGCGUCGCCUUACCCCGGAGUCCAGAUCGAUGAAGACUUCUGCCGGCGACUGAAAGACGGAACCCGCAUGCGGCCACCAGAGUACAGCACACCUGACAUCUAUCAGAUCAUGCUGGACAGCUGGUGUGGGGACGCCUUGGACCGGCCAACCUUCUCGGAGCUGGUGGAGCGGCUGGGGGACUUGUUGCAAGCCAGCGUGCAGCAGGGAGGGAAGGACUACCUGGUGGCUUUGGACGAUGAAUCGGGAUUCUCCUUGCUCACCACUCCGAGUCCCUGUGCGGCGGACGACCCACACGACCCGAACUUCAACUACGACAACGUGGCCACGUUCAGGUACUCCUCGUCGGGCAGGAAGAUCGCCCGUCCCGUGAGCGUGAAGACGUUCGACGAGGUGCCGCUGGAGAAAACGACUCCGGUUUCGCGAGAGGAGAACCAGACGGACAGUGGGAUGAUUCUGGCUUCGGAGGAGUUCAAGAGGCUGGAGGUUGGCUCGCGGUCGUCGGCAGCCUUCGGCAAAAGCAAGGAGUCCCUGCUGUCCGAGGGGCCGGGGCGCUCUGCGGAGGAGGCCCAACACCACCACCACCACCGCCGCCGCCGCCUCGAUGAUGAGCCGGGCGGCGAGCAUCAUGGGGAGAACCUGUUCUCGCACGAGGACCUGGGCCGCGUGCUGCAGGCCACCGAGCCAAGGCACAUGAUCGGCCGCCGCGCGAAUUCCUCGCCGCCGCCGGCCUACGGGGCGUCCGUGCGCUACACGGUGUCGCCCGUGUGAGCGGCGCCGCUCGCUUCCUGCUACGGCGACCGGCCAACCUUGGUGGCGGGCGGGCGGGCUCCCGACGCCUCGCCGGGAGAUGCGUGGCGAGGGCUCCGCGGGGCCUCUGCCGGGAGAGAAUCUGCCGCAGUGGCACCAAGACUCUGGAAACCCGGCCGCAGAGAGCCCCGUUGGCUUCCUAAACGGAAAAGCUGCCGUUCGCGAGAAGAGUAAAUUUAAAAUCAACGUCCGGAGAUGGCAGUGUUGUCACCUGCGCAGGUUUUCUUAGGACGUCCUAUUUUUGAGGUGGUUGUCCCGCGAAAUCUGUAUGUCUUAGCGGGACAUUAAUGUUACUGGGAGUUAUUUUGUCAGUUGUGUAACAUAAAAACCACUCAAGACGUUGCAUUGACAUGUAGUUCUCCCGUCUUCCUGUAUUGUGAGAUCUUGUUGCCGUGAUAUGUCCUGGGGCAGCCCCAAGGACACGGUAACAGGAAGAAGGUAGACACUACGUUAACUAUGACUACUGUGUUGUGUGUGUUACGAAGGUAUCUGCGUAGUGUAUUUUAUUUAGAUUGUAUUAUUUCUUGUUCAACUGGAAAAAAAAAUGGUGGGAAAGAUUUCUUGCUAUGAAAAAAAAGGUUUACAAAGGAUGCAGCGAGUAUCCACGAGUGAAUGAAUGACAAUGUUUUACACACCAUACUGUAUUUAGUUUUAUGUAAAAAAAAAAAUCACUAAUGUGAAAAACACCUGCUAUUUUUAAAUACCACUUAAGUAAUGAUUCGUCAAAUAUAUGAAGGAGACAUAUUGUCUGCUUAUCUAUUUUGAUAUAUUAAAGCCGCAUUUUUAACUUAUUGUAUCAAACCUAUAUCGUCAGGCCUUUUGCUUUGUUGCCAGCAUUUUGUUAGACUGCGCUUCGUGUAUCGAGUUAUAUUUUUGAUAUUUGCCGUUUCAACUUAACCUCGCCAAAGGAAAGGCGAAUGUGUCCCACCGAGGCGUAAACGGCCAGGGAGAUGGAGCUAUGAAAUCAACUCACGCCGACAGGAGUGGGACGGAUUGUGGUUUCGCAAGACACGGAGAGAAUGGUGAUGACAGCGUGCGGAGGAGGCCUUUGUACGGCAGUGCAGAGAUGAUGACCGACGGUGAUCAAUUGUUAAACGGAGCGUUUUCGACUACCCAUAUCUGCAGUGUUAUGUACAUGUUAAGCGUUUUUUUUUAUAACUAAAACAGUCUACGGUGAUAUGUUUGAAAUUAUGAAAGUGCUUUAAAUUUAGCAGAAAAUAAAAGAGCUAUCACUGUUCUUUUAUUAUAUUACCAUAUAUUGAUUUCUGUUUGCUUGCUGGUCAGGCCAAUUGCAGUUACCUUAUUGGUAAUUUUACAUUGGAGAGCAUAUUAAAUCAUAGAUGUAUGACAUAUGAAACCAGCGGUUAUUCCCCCAGUUCAUCUUCUUGGUUCUUUCGGUAAAGUCACGUAGAAUGGAAAUAAUAAAAUAAUAAAAAUAAAACAUAAUAAAAUAAUUCUCACGACGUUUCGGCCACAACGCAAGCAGCCGUCCUCAGGUGGAGAACAGGUCUGUCGAGAAGACAGUUAUUUCUAUGACAUUUACGGUAUAAACGCACAAGUCGGACACCACCUUCAUCUAAAUGGGAAGUGUCUUUUCAUGUUUCUAGAACAAGGCCGUAGCCAUGGAGUCAACAUUGGGGGGGACAAAAUCUAAAUUUGAAAACGAAUUUCCUGCCAUUUCCUGCCUAAAAUAUGAAAAAAUUCACUUACACAUAGGAUGGACUUUUAUUUAUUUUUUACAAUAAUGUCUAAUAGUGUAUUGUAUUACAUUGCUCUGUUUUUUUUUACCUUUUCUUGUUGCAUUGUAUGUAAUUGCAGAGAUUAUGGAUUAAUAAAGUACAAUCAUAACCACAAUCAUAUAAACAGAAAUCUAUUUUAUAGCAAUAAAUUGGGGGGGACAUUUUGAGCAUAUUUGAAUAUAUAUUAUAUAUUAUAGUUACGGCCUUGUUCUAGAAUAUUGUAUGGUUAGUUUAUAAUGUAUCGUGACAAUCACUGACUACGAUGUGCCACCCUCCACAAGCAAGUGAAGAUCCCACACGCCCGUGUGUGAGCUGCCAUUGUUAUCAUGCUGUGUAUUUACUUGUACGUUCUGGAGUGGACUAACAACUUGUAAAAUAAUAAACGUAUCAUUCUUC